GCCGCCUCCCGCCCGGCGCGGCGCGCAUGUGCCCGCCGGCUCCGCUCCGCUCCGCUCUCCCGGGAGCUGCGAGCGCGCCGCCGCCCUCCCUCCCUCCCUCCCGCCGAGCCGGGCCGGGCCGAACCGAGCCGGGCCGGGCCAUGGCCCCGCCGGGCGCCCGGGCGCUGCUGUGCGCGCUGCUGUGCGCGCUGCUGUGCGCGCUGCCGGGCGCGCUGCCGGGCGCGCAGGAGCCGGCUGCCAGCCGCGCAGGAGCGUGCCGGGAGCUGGGAUCCUGCGAGAAAUGCCUGCAGGGCGCUGCCUCCCGCAACGGCAACGGCACGGGCUGCGUGUGGACGGGCUGCGGGACGCCCCAGCGGCCAGAGCCGGGGAGCUGCGUGCCCAGGGAGGAGGCCGCGCGGGAGACGUGCGCACUCUACAACAGCACCGCGCUGUGCCGAGCACUGAAAUCCCCCACCGAAGAGCCACCGCGGCCGCCUAGCAAGGAGCCGGCGACGCACUCCCCACGGACCACCACCACCAGCGCCCCGUUGACGGGCAGCCCCGAGUUUCACCCGCCCGGUUUCGACACGGCCAGCUUCAUCGGCGGCAUCGUGCUGGUGCUCAGCGUCCAGGCCGUGGUCUUCUUCAUCAUCAAGUUCAUCAAGUCCAAGGACAGCACCUACCAAACGCUGAUCUGAGGCCGGGGAAACCCUUCGCCGAGGCUCCCCGGGGCGGGCGGACAAGAGCUCAGCGCCGCCGGCUGCGUUGCCCCCCCGCCAGGAGCACCCCGACCCGGCCGCCAGCCCUGCCCGCCUCCCCCCCCGCACCACGACUAUGCAAGGCGCUGCCGGUGCCAGGGGACGGGCUGCCCCGCUCCCCUGCCCUCCCCGGUGCUGGCGACGGCGCGGGGUGGCUGCAGUCCGGGCGCUGGUGCUGCUCCUGGGCAGGGGGUCCCAUCCAGCCCUGACCCCCGGCCGGGGGCUUCCCCCACUUUAGCCUGCAGCCCUGGGUCUGAGCAGGCCGUUGCUGCUCCCUGGCCCAGCUUUGUGCUUGGGAGGGGGCACAGGAGCCGGGGGGGCACAGGGCACCCUCGGGAGCCGGGGACACUCGGCCAGGGCUGGGGGCUGUUUGCCCGGACCCCCGCCCCGCGGCGGGCAGAGCCGGAGCAUCGCACGGGAUGGAGCCGGCGCGGGGCGGGCGAAGACCCAAUAAAGGAUUUUCCUCCGCU